AUGGCUCAGGAUCGUGGAGCUUCGGUCAGGGCAGAUGCAGCCACCCUGGAAGCCCCUACCACUUCCAGCGCACCUAGCACGUACCCCACUGAAGCAGCAAGGCGCACUGCUUUCAGAGAAGAUUUCACUCCAGAGCUGACAGAGCCAGUGGAGGCCAACAUUCAAGGGAGUGUACCCGGAUGGCUGCAUGGCUCUUUUGUCAGAAACGGCCCAGGCACAUUCAGCGGCAUGAAGCACCUGUUCGACGGAUAUGCCAUGCUGGCCAAGUUUGAGUUUGAAAACGGCAGCGUGAAGGUGUCACACAAGUAUGUGCAGACAGAAGCAUACAAAGCUUUCCGGCAGACAGGAAAGAUGCAGUUCCCAGAGUUCGGCACAACAGUCUCUCCACUCAAGUCUAUGUGGCUCGCCUUGUUGGGCUUCACGGACAACUCCAGUGUGAAUGUUGUCCCCACCCCGGAUGGCAAGCAGCUCAUAUCCCUGACUGAGAGCGUGGCGGGGACCUUUCGCCUGGAUAUGGAUCUCAACACCCUGGGCCAACUCAAAUUUGAGGACGGAGUCAAGGGGCUGCUGACAACCGCUCACCCAACCCUCUUGCCAGAUGGGAGCAUGAUCAACCUCACAAGCGGGUUUGGCACCCACUACACAGUCUUCAGACAGAACAGGGCCACCAAUGUCCGGGAGGAGAUUGCUCAGGUCCCACUGUGCAGUCCCCCAACGCCGAGCUGGAUUCAUGACUUUCCAGUGACAGAGAAUUAUGCAAUCGUGCCAGAGACGCCCAUCUUCUUCAAUCUGAAGGCGGCUCUCUUUGGGGGCGCAGACUAUGUGAUGUUUGACUGGAAGCCAGAGCAGCGCACCAUCCUGCACCUAGUCAACCUGAAGACAGGCGCAGUCACGCAAUUUGAUGCGCCUCCCUACUUCACAUUCCACUACAUCAACUCCUUCGAGACUGCUGACGGCGCCAGCCUCUGCUUCGAUUUCUCCAGAUUUGAGGACCCGGACUUCAUGAACAGGCUCAUGCUUGACAACCUCCGGGGCAACAAGCGCCCAAUUGCUGCCUCGCCUGUUGUGAGGAUAACGGUCCCUCUGGAUGGCAGCUCAAGCAGUGCAAAGCUGGAGCCCCUCAUGAAGGAUGACUCGUACAAUUUCUGCGAGCUGCCUCGCGUGAACCCCCACUACAAGGGCAAGGAGUACCGGUAUGCAUACGCGGUGUCAGCCAAGCUGCCUGCAUCGUUCGGCAAUUCGCUGGCCAAGUUUGAUGUGGAGGAGGGAAGUGUGAAGCAGUGGCACGAGGCUGGCUGCAUCCCUGUCGAGCCGCUUAUGGUCCCGCGUCCUGGAGCACAGGAUGAGGAUGAUGGAGUGGUGCUGUCAGUGGUGACUGGGGCGGAUGGCAAGUCUUUCCUUCUUGUCCUGGAUGCCAGCAGCUUCCAGGAAUUGGCCAGGGCACAUCUGCCCCAUGGGAUCCCUUAUGGCUUCCAUGGCACCUUUGUGCAUGCUGAUUGACCGUGUGAGCUUGUAUUAUAGAUAUCCAUCAAUGUUUGUGGCACGUUGAGUUGAUAUCAUAAGCAAGAUUCCGUCAAGGGAAUGAAUGGGAUACUUUCUGUGAAGACUUUCGUUCGACUGCCAUGUGAUUCAUUGUAAGGCAAUUAAUUU